AUGGCAACGGCGUGUGUAUCCUGCAAAGUGCAGAAACGGAAAUGCGACAAAGCGACGCCAAAGUGCUCACAGUGUUCAAUCCGAUCUUGCGAGUGUGUCUACCCGGGGCGGACAGGCAAAGUAUCGCGAAAGAUUUCUUCUAGUCGGAUUGAUCGUGAUGCUGUGGCUGAUAAUAAUAACGGCUUACCCCCAACUCCCGGCCUCCUCCAUACCGACCAUCCAUGUGAACUCCAGAAUGCCAACGAAUUAUGGGCGCCGCGGGUAGAGUUCCCAUCUGUCUAUUUUGUUGACCGAGACGUCUUCCGACAGCAUCGUAUCCACGUCCCGACAGCCUGUCCUGGGACCAGUGCGUUUCCCACUGUCUUCAUUGGAGCAACCCUGGCGGAGCAAGACUCGUACGUCUCGGCCUUCUUCAAUGGAGUCCACAGAUGGCUGCCUGUUCUGGAUGAAGAGCGUUUCCGCGGCAGGUUAUUGGGGAAAACGCCCGCAGAGUUGCCCGCGGAUGUAGCAUUGCUUCUCCUCUGCAUGAGACUCAUCACCUCGGCACCCUCCGAGUCGUCACGAAACGGAACCCGCACCGACCUUCAUCUGGCAGCCAAGCAGGGAUUUCUAAACUUGGAGAUGGCAGGUGUCUUGUCUGUUGAAUGCUUGGAAGCUGGCCUGCUCAUCUCUCUCUAUGAGAUUAACCAUGCUAUCUACCCAUCUGCAUUUCUAUCAGUAGGCGCCUGUACGCGUUAUGGUCAGGCUAUGGGUUUCGGCGGACUAAACGCUUUAAGGCUGCGCCCUCCAUAUAAUCGUAGCGAACUUGAAGAGAGUAGGCGAUUAUGGUGGGCCGUUGUUCUCCUAGACAGAUAUCUUAAUCUCGGUUCUCCAAGUCGACUCGCCUCCGUCCAUGACCCACCAGAUGAUGGUAGUAUGGUCGUUUAUGAUGAUGAAACGGCCACCGCCAACAGCUUUGGAUCCGGCAAGCUCGGGCGGCGUGAUCAAGGCUGUCCUGCCUUGAUCGCACAGGCUACUAGACUACUAGGAAAAGUGCUGUGGCACACAUCCCAUAACUAUGGCUCUGAAAUGGGCCUUGAAAUGGGUUCAGAAGCCCAGUAUCUCGAACUCGGAUUAUCGUUGCGCCAACGGCAAGAAAAAGAAUCCUCACAACUUGGCCGCACGAUAGCCUCACUUAUCGAUGCCGCAGAGACUGAAGCUAGGAAGUGGGAAGUUCCUAUCGAGGAACAGCUUAUGAUUUGCUACAGUUCUCUCUUUGUCCUCUAUAACCACAACGAGAGCUGCAAAGGCGAUCAUACACAGUGGGACGAGCAGACAUUAGCUGCUGUCGACGCAACAAGGGCGACGGUCAUCAGACGGUGCAGAAAUCUCCUUUCCGACCAAACAAGCAGUUUGGAGAGCAUCUCGCCCUUCUUCGUGCACUGCAUUUAUAUGGUUGCCAUUCUGGGCCAAUCCGAGACGCAGACCGCCGCCGAGACAAGAGGUGUGCUUGUGAAAGCACUUAGACGCCUCGAGCGUCGUUGGCAAGCAGCUGGUGUCUACAUAGAGAUACUCGAAGCCAGAGAAAUCCUGCAAUCACCUUGA